AGUCACCAAAUGAUACCAACGAAUUGCUCAGCGCAAGCGAAAAAGGAGUGUCCGCCGGCUGUGCACGUGCCUAUCGAGCCGACAGGCAUGAAUCAGCAAGGAUCCAUGCAUUUCAGUCAGGGACUGCUUCCGUCGAGUUGUUGGCUGGUGGUUCCCUCAUCUGCGCUGAUACAUCCACAGGUGCCGGUGCCGCAGAUUCAGGUUAUGAAUUCGAUGGAUUAUGUGAAAAUCAUCGAAAUCGCCUGCGCCGACCUGGCGGUCACCACAAAACUGAAACGCCAAAAGUCAAAGCCCGCAGAGAUGAACCCGACGAGAGAGUAUAUCAGUCAUUUGAAAGAUCAAUUCGAACGGAGCCACUACAGUAGAGCUUUGGCGAUGCUCAACAGCGUGUCGGGAGCCCAGUCCUCACAGUCGACGUCGCCGAUUUCCAUGUCUCCACGGGCUUCCAAUGAUCGUUGAUCUUACAUAUUCUGUGUUGACUUUUUUUAAAUCGCGGUUCUUAAGUUAUUGAAAUGUUUCGGGGUGGUUUUAACAUUAUUAUAUCAAUUGAAAUUUAUUAUGUAUGUUGAAUGUUGACAUUUUCUGCAAAUUAAGUUCUUAUGAAGUGUUGAAAAAAAA